GUUUUGUUUUGUUUUAUCAAUACUUGCGUUGAAUCUCCACUUUAAUUGUGAUUAUAAUUAACACUUCAUUCAUAUAAUCAUUAUUUUAUAAAUUAAAUAAACAAAUAAACAAAUGCUUCCCAUAUUUGUGUGCAACACUACCACCGAUAGCCAUGUAUUGAGUGCUAAAUAAUGUGUCAAUUAAUAUGCAAUUUAUUAUCAUUACCAGUGAUUACAUUGAAUACUGAAAUAUUAAAUAAAUAAAUUUAAAAGUUUACAAAAAUAAAAAUUCAUAAAAAGUGACCAGGAUGGUGUGGGAAAAUCUACAUUACCUGCCACUAUCUGUGUUUGUCUUACUUCCAUCCACUUUCAUCAUUACAUACAUAAUAGCAAUAUGUUUGGGUCACGUGGAGGUGGAACUGCCCUAUAUAUCGGACACCGGGACUCACGUCCCGGAGUCCAGUUUUUUUGCACAAAUGUUGAACUUUUGCGCCUUUUUAGUUGGUCUGACGAUAUAUGUGCGCUACAAACAGAUCGAGCAGUACUAUAGAGACAAUCUGAGCCCCGAGAGCACCAAGAUCUUUUGCCGCAACCGCAUAGCACUCAUAUGUGGCUUAACCUCAGCCAUUGGGCUGUCAAUGGUGGCCAACUUCCGGGAAAUGGAGCUUUUCAAGAUACAUAUGGUGGGGGCGACCAUGGCGUUCGGGUUCGGCACUGUCUACUGUUGGCUGCAAACCAUUAUGUCAUUCAAAAUGCAUCCACUCGUCAAUACGCAACUCAUGGCGGGGUUUAGACUGUUUUUGGCCAUUUUGAUGACCGGCACGUUCGCCACCAGUUGUAUAUGCGGGCCGUUAGCCAUGAAGUACUUCCACGGCAAGGACCCCACCAAUUGGCAACCAGAUGACGGCGCCUUUGGGCUGCACCUGACGGCUACGGUAUGCGAGUGGAUCACAGCGAUGUCACUCAACUUCUUUGUGCUCAGCUAUGCCGAAGAACUCAAGAAAAUAUCGAUGACUACACCGAAAGUGCUGUUUAUAAUAGAAGAGAUGGACAACCGAUCAAACGAUGGGACGGGCGUUGACGGCGACGACGACACGGUAGCCAUAAUCCACGCCUCCCUGCCCUCAAACCUGCGCUCAGCCGAACUGGCCAUCCAUUCGAGUCCCGCCUCUAUUAUCCAUUAAUCCAUCAAAUCUAGGGUUUUGUGUGAAUAAGAGCUGAAAAACGACACUUUUUUUAAUUAAAUUUAAUUUAAUGAUAAACUUAUUAAUUAUUUGUUAAUUUUAAUCAUUUUUACCGUACGGUUCGCCACAAAGUUUUUUGGUGUAUAAAAAACUGAUCGAUUUUUUUUGGUAGAAAUAUAUUUGUAUUUAUUUUAUAAAUGAGAUGUGAAAUUGUCAUA